AACGUCUGGAGGAGUUCAGAAAGAACAAAAUAAGAGAGCAUGCUCCGGACUCGGACUCUGACAUGGACUCAGAUGAAGAAAAACCAGAUCUUCUUCUCAGACAGGACCUAGCUGCAGCCCUGCUGGGCUUCGUUGGUGGGCCGCUGCAGCCAGGGGUUCUACAAACGUGUCUUCAUACACUGCGGAUCCUGUCCCGGGACCGCCAGGCCCUGGGGCCCAUGGUCACUGACAGUGCUCUUCUGACCCUGGCACACCUAGGAGGUAUUGACCCACUUCAGACCUGCUCAGAGCAAGAUGAGGGACAAACCGAAGUUCAGUCAUUUACAAGAGGAGAAGAAGAAGGCUGGGAGAAGGAUUCCUGUUCUGGUUCAGGACUGGUUUCUGGUUCUGGCUCCACAACUGGUUCUGAUCGUCAGCAGGGAGAGAAUGAAGGUCGUGUGGAGCUAACUCCUGGGAAGAAAGAUGCCCGGGAAGAAGACAGUGAGGAGGAAGAGGAGGAGGAAGAAGAGGCAUGCAGGAAGGAGGCUGUGAAGGUUCUGUGUAACCUCAUCUACAACAGUCCAUGGGCCCAGGAGCGUGCCAGUACUUUAAGGCUUCUGCAGGGACUGUGGGGGAGUCUGAAGCAGGGGAUCUGGAGUGCGGUGCCCCCUAGUGGUCAGUUUUACAAACUGAGGCUUCUGUUUCUACUGACCGCCCUGAGGCCGGAGCUCAGAUUGCAGCUGCAGCAGGAGAGGGGGGUGUCCGGUCUGACCAGAGCCCUGGAGCAGCGCCUACCUGUCAGGUGGGGGGAGGGACGCCAAGUCGUCUCUGAUGGCCCCACCCCUCUCAUCUCCAAGGACAUGUCCCAGGAUGUCAAUGAGAUCCUCAAGAUCCUCUUCAACAUCGCUCACAAGUUCCACAGGCAGGAGCCUGACGAGGGUCAGAAGCUGAAGGAGAAACUAACUCCUGUUCUGAAUUUACUGACGGAGAGUUCCAGGGUUCACCGGCAGACACGCCACUACUUACGACAGAAGAUCCUGCCUCCUCUGAGGGAUGUUGGUGUCCGACCUGAGCAGGACGAGACCCUCCGAGGACGGCUCGUCCGCCUGAUGACUCAUGUGGACACUGAUGUGAAGGACUGUGCUGCAGAGCUGCUCUUUGUUCUCUGCAAAGAAAACGUCAGCAGGUUUGUUAAAUAYACGGGUUAUGGAAAUGCUGCUGGGCUGCUGGCAGCUCGAGGCCUGCUGAACGGACGGAGGAACUCCGGUGACGGACAGUUAUCUUCCCGCUACUCCAGUGACUCAGACUCAGACACUGAGGAGUACCGAGAGGCCAGAGCCAGGAUCAACCUGGUGACGGGUCGGGUGGAGGCGGAGCAGCCUGAUCCGAUGGAGGGCAUGACGGAGGAGGAGAAGGAGCAGGAGGCUCACCGUCUCAUCAGCAUGAUUGACAGACUGUCAAGAGAUCAUAUCAUUCAGCCUGUAGGGGUGACAGCAGAGGGCCGACUGGCCCCGCUGUGGAGCCUGAUGAGGGGCCACACUGAAGAGGAGGAGGAGGAUUUCAAUUCAGAGUCAGAAGGAUGGAGAGAYGAACAGAAUAAAUAAAACGGCAUGUUAUUUUUCCUGCUGAACUCAGUGUUUUAUAGAUUGAAAAAUGCUGCUUUUAAAGCUGAAAUGAUAAUUGUAAUAUAGAGCUCAAAGAGCCUUCAUUUAAUUAGUUUUACACAGUGGUUAUAUUCAUUUCAUUUCUUCUGUUUUCUGUUAGUGACCUGCACUAAGGGUUCUAUAUACAGUAUAUUUACACAUUUUUUAUAAACGCUUUGUGAGAAAGAGUUGAAAGAAACCUUUCAGUUUCCAGCGUACUGGAAGUGGCCCACAGACCAGCAGUUACUGUAUUAGAAGGUUUGAAGACAUUUUGUCAGCGAUGAGCUGUGACUGUAAAUCUGCAGUUAUAAAACUAUAUUGUUGUGUAUAGUAUGUACAGUAUGUUUAUGCUGUUUGUGUUGUGUUUUAUGUUUUCAUAAUUGCUGUUUUUUUGGCCUGGUCAUCAUUGUAAAUGAGAAAGGGUUGUCAAUUGACUUACCUGUUAAAAUAAAGGUUUAUAUUUACAAUUUUUGAUGGCA